ACUAGACUAACCCAUUCCACUGAAGGGUGUGAAUCAGUUUUGUCUGGAAGUAAGGGAACGUUUUUGGGCGUGGCAAUUGUGCAAUGCGUAUAAUAGUAUCAAAUAGUAUUUGCCACAACAAGAUUUCCUUGAGGACUUGCUGUCUUGAGGCACACACUACGAAAUGGCAAUGACAAACCCUCCAAGCGAAGCCAACGCAAUGUUCUCCUUGGCUUUGUUUCAAAAGCUCAGUGAGGAGGACUCGAAGGAAAGCAUCUUCUUCUCCCCCUUCAGCAUCUCCUCAGCUCUGGCCAUGGUCUUGCUGGGGGCUAAGGCUGACACAGCCAGGCAAAUGUCAGAGGUCCUCUGCUUCAGAAAGGCAACGCAACCGACAGAGGAAAAUCUACAACAGACGAGCCAGUCUCCGAUGCAAAUGCAACUGAGGACGCGACAGCAGAUGCAGAUGCAGCUCAAAUGUUCCAGCAAGCUGCCAAAUUACCUGAAAAAGGUUCUGGGACCCGUCGAUGCUGAGAAUGACGUCCACGCUCACUUUCAGCAACUUCUGACCGAAUUCAACAAGACAAAUACUGGCUAUGCCCUCAGCCUUGCCAACAAGCUGUAUGGGGAGCAAACUUUCACCUUUGAGCAGGGCUUCCUUGAGGAAACCAGGAAGUACUACGAAGCUGAACUGGAGAGUGUAGAUUUCAAGUUUAAUGCAAAUGGGUCGAAGGUCAUCAUUAACAGUUGGGUGGAAGACAAAACACAAGGUAAAAUUAAGAACCUGAUAAAGGAGCUCAAAUCCAGCACCAAGUUGGUGUUGGUCAACGCCAUCUAUUUUAAAGGCAAAUGGAACAAAGAAUUCAACAAAGACUCGACUCGUGAAGCGCCGUUUAGAAUAAACAAGAAUGACGUUAAGCGAGUGAUGAUGAUGCAUCAGAAUGACAAAUUCAACUUCGGCGCCAUCCCAGAGUUAAACUGCCAGGUGCUAGAGAUGCCUUAUGAAGGGGAAGAUGUAAGCAUGCUCAUCUUCCUGCCCAAUGAAAUAGAGGACAACACAACAGGCUUGGAGAAGCUGUUGGGGCAACUGACCUAUGAUAAUAUGAUGAGGUGGACAGGCAAUAUGGGUUUUGAAGACGUCCAGGUCGGACUACCUCGAUUCAAGCUGGAGGUCACUUACGAAUUAAAUAAAGUUCUUAUCAGCAUGGGCAUGGUGGAUGCUUUCGACGAGGAUAAAAGCGACUUGUCAGGCAUGUCUUCUGCCACUGACUUGGCAGUGUCAGCAGUUAUCCAUAAGGCUUUUGUGGAAGUAAAUGAGGAGGGUACCGAAGCUGCUGCAGCCACUGCUGUCAUUGUUGUGGAAGUCACCUCAGUAGGUCCACCUAAAGUCCCCAAAGUAUUCAUCGCUGACCAUCCCUUCCUCUUCUUCAUCCGACAUAACCCCUCCCAGACCAUUCUGUUUGCUGGUCAAUACACCUCCCCUGAGUGGUUUGUUGGAAACACGUCUGUCAACAUGGCAUCAUCUACUCCGCUAUCCAAGGCCAAUACCACCUUCUCUCUGGAUUUGCUGGCAAAACUCGGCGAUGAUGAUAAGACCGCAAAUAUCUUCUUUUCCCCUUUUAGUAUCUCCUCAGCCCUGGCCAUGGUGAUGCUGGGGUCAGGAGGCAACACCGCCACACAGAUGUCAGAGGUUCUCGGUCUCACUGAGCGAAAGGCAGCGCCACAGCCAAUGCAAAUGCAAAUGCAGCAACAAAUCCAGACCAUUUUUCUACCAAAGUGUCUGCAAACCAGGGCCCAGGAUGAUGUUCACGCCAGCUUUGGCAAACUGCUGGCAGAACUGAACCAACCAGAUGCACUGUACGCCCUCAGUGUUGCCAACAGACUGUACGGGGAACGGUCGUACCAGUUUGUUGAGGGUUUUUUAGCUGACACAAGGAAGCACUACAAUGCAGAGCUGGAGCCUGUCGACUUCAUCCGCAACCAUGAGGCGGCCCGGGUCAACAUCAACCAAUGGGUGGAGAAGAAAACACAAGGUAAAAUUAAGGACAUACUGGCCCAGGGCGUGUUGGACAACAUGAGUAGGCUGGUGCUGGUCAAUGCCAUCUACUUUAAAGGCAACUGGGCCAAAAAAUUUGAUGAGACUUCAACACGCGACGCUCAAUUUCGGCUCAGCAAGAAAGCAACCAAACCAGUGAAGAUGAUGCAUCAGAAAUCCAAAUUCCCUCUCGCCUUCAUUCCUGAUAUCAAGUGCCAGAUCUUGGAGAUGCCUUACAUUGGGAAGGAGCUCAGCAUGCUCAUCUUUCUACCCGUUGACAUAGACGAUGAUUCUACUGGUUUGACUAAGAUAGAGAAGAAUCUGACCUAUGCGAACUUUGAGGAAUGGACCCGUCCAGAUAUGAUGGAUGAAGUUGAGGUUCAGGUUGGCCUGCCUCGAUUCAAGAUGGAGGAGAACUAUGACAUGAAGAAUGUCUUGAUGAGCAUGGGAAUGGUGGAUGCUUUCGACAUGGCAAGAAGUGACUUUUCUGGCAUGUCACCAGCCAAUGACCUGGUAUUGUCAAAAGUCGUCCACAAGGCUUUCGUAGAGGUGAACGAGGAAGGAACCGAGGCUGCCGCAGCCACUGCUGCCAUCGUGAUGUUGCGCUGUGCUCCAAUAGCACCCAGAUUCAUUGCUGACCACCCCUUCCUUUUCUUCAUUCGCCAUAACCCGUCCAUGAGUGUUCUUUUUGCUGGCCGAUACUGCUCCCCUGUGUGAGCAUUUUGCACCACUGCAAGAAUCCCCAAUUGUGGUCUUUUUCUUUUUAUAAUCUGUUCCUAUGUAAUUCUGGGAUGCUUUUGCAUUUAUUGUUACUCCCACUUGCUCGGGGAACAUUCC